AGAGAGAAAAGGGACGGCAAAAAGGAAGAAAAACCCCACAAUCCAAACCCAAACUCAAAACUCUUCUUAUUAUCACAAUUCACACACUCUCUCUCUCUUUCUGUGUCUCAGUGUUUCUGUGAUCGCGGCGUUGCCAAAUUGCAAUUGGGUUUUCUCUUCUCUCGCGGCUCAGCUGCCAGAAAACGUUGAUUAUUUCACGGCGGGGCGACGACGACGAUGAUGAUGUUGGUGGGUAGCGGCGGCGCCUAAAUGUCUGUCAUCGAAACCCCCAGCGUCCACCACCACCGGAAGCGCAAACACGACGAAAUCGAUGACGACGAAGGCGGCGUCUCCGACAUAGACCCUAUCAGGAUGAAGAAGGACGACGCGGCCAAGGCCGUUUACUCCGCCGUCCACCACCGAUCAAUCAUGCUACAGUUCUUCGUUCGCAUGAUGGGCAACGGCAACACCAUCGUUAUGCAAGCGCAUCCUGAUGAUACAGUCCAAUCGAUUCACGAGCGUAUCCAAGCCUUGAAGGGUAUCCCUGUUUUCGAACAGAGGCUAAUCUACAACGGGAAGCAGCUUCAGUCGGAGCAGACUCUCGCCGAAUGUUCCAUCGGAAAAGACGCCAGUCUUCAACUCGUUGGCCGCAUGCGCAGCACCGGCCACCCACAUGCCUGGCAGGUCAUCAACGACAUGGUCUCCCUUGUUAUACGACUCUGCCACAACGAACCUGUUCACGACGCUAACAAGACCAUCAAGGGUCUCAUCACCAGCUACCUCAACUUGUCUCCGAAGAAUGACAACGAUUCUGCUUCUGGGUAUUUUCAGAUUUUCAUGUCCGCCACCGCUGUGCUUGUCUCGCUCUAUCUAUCUCCCUACACGGGUAAUAAAGACUGUGCUGAUUCUUCUAUUAGGCAUUUUUUGACCACUUGCAAGACCACCGUUUCACCGCCCUUGCACACCCAGUGUGCGCGUGUGGUCUUGGAUUUCUGUACAUUGCUCAAGAAGAGGGUGAGUUCUGAGGACCCUUUGUAUGGCUUCUGUCGUAGUACUUUUGGGUCAUUGUUGGAAACUGCUAGGGUUUAUUGUGCUGAUUCUGAGGGUGACAAUGUUAAAGGGUCCAUUUUGGUUCAAGAGAUAUUCCCUUUUGUUAGUGAGCUUGCUAAGAGCUUGUUGGUGGAUUUGGAUUUGAGCAUAGACUCCCCCUCCAAUGCGGGGACUUUCUUGAUCAAUGUCGCGGAUUUUACUGCCUUCUUGGUCCCUUUGAGGGCCAGGAUCAUGGAGCAACAAGCUCUCCGUGGUUCUAUGCCUACCCAGAAGCGCCAUAAGGAGGCGUUGCUCGUGGAAGAGAUUGAAGGCCUUCAUCUCUUGUACAAUGAUUUAUUGAACAAAACUGAUCAGUGCCUUCAAAAAUUGGAGCAGACAUGGGCUGGCCAGGGAAUGAUGCAAGGGGAGGAUAUUUAUCCCGCGUGGUCUCAUUAUCUUUCCAUUUUGAAGGAGUUGUAUCUAAUAUCUAAGCUUUAUGAUGGCGCUGAAGAAAAGCUCUGGAAGGUUUUGACGCGUCAGAGAAGCGUCGUGUGCCUGCUGAUAGUUCGAUAUGCAAAGAGGACUGAUGAGCAUCAGUGGAUUCUCGAGCACAAGUGUGUCACAAAUUUUGAGUCUAGGAGGCAUUUGGCAAUGAUGAUGUUCCCAGAGGUAAAAGAAGACUAUGAGGAAUUGCACGAGAUGCUUAUCGACAGGUCUCAGUUAUUGAGUGAAUCUUUUGAGUACAUAGCACGAGCUGAUACUGCAUCGCUGCACGCUGGCCUAUUCAUGGAAUUCAAAAACGAGGAAGCCACUGGCCCAGGUGUACUGAGGGAAUGGUUUCUUUUGGUAUGCCAAGCAUUGUUCAACCCACAAAAUGCUCUUUUUGUAGCAUGCCCGAAUGAUCGAAGGAGAUUUUACCCCAACCAUGCUUCUAAGGUACAUCCUCUGCACCUUGAGUACUUUGGCUUCUCUGGUCGAGUUAUUGCAUUAGCUUUGAUGCAUAAAGUGCAAGUGGGUAUUGUUCUUGAUCGUGUAUUUUUCUUGCAAUUGGCUGGGAAGCAUAUUACUUUAGAAGAUGUGAAGGAUGCAGAUCCUUUCCUGUAUAGUAGCUGCAAGCAAAUAUUGGAGAUGGAUUCUGACUUCAUUGAUUCAGAUGCAUUAGGACUAACUUUUGUUAGAGAGGUGGAGGAGUUAGGAGACACAAAAGUGGUUGAGCUCUGCCCUGGUGGGAAAAACCUUAUAGUUAAUAGCAAGAACAGGGAGAAGUAUAUUGACCUUCUUAUAAAGGAUCGUUUUGUGACAUCAAUAUCUGAGCAGGUGUCACAUUUUUCCAAAGGUUUUACUGAUAUUCUUUCAAGCUCAAAGUUCCAGCAGUUCUUCUUUCAAAGUUUAGAGCUUGAAGAUCUUGAUUGGAUGCUACAUGGGAGUGAAGAUACCAUUUCUGUGGAAGAUUGGAAAGCACACACCGAGUAUAAUGGCUAUAAGGAGACAGAUAUCCAGAUAACUUGGUUUUGGGAGAUUGUGGGGAGAAUGACAGCGGAGCAAAGGAAGGUUCUUCUAUUCUUUUGGACAUCCGUGAAAUAUUUACCAGUUGAAGGUUUCUGCGGUUUGGCUUCCCGUCUCUACAUAUACAAAUCCCCUGAACCUGAAGAUCGCCUUCCUUCAUCUCACACAUGCUUUUAUAGGAUGUGUUUCCCAGCUUAUUCAUCUAUGACUGUCAUGCAAGAGCGUCUUGAAGUUAUCACUCAAGAACACAUUGGCUGCAGUUUUGGUACUUGGUGAAUGCAUUUGCAAUCUGGAUAGGAGUUGUUUUGGCUGCACAUAGAUUGAUCUUUACCCAGCUUUGUACAGAUUAUAGGAGUCUUCCUUCUGUUCUCUAAUUGGAUCAUGUGAGAAAGUUCUCUAGUUCUCUUUUUUGAAGUAGUCAAGGGUUGCAGUGUCAUUUACCUUGCUCAAAUGUUUAUAUGGAUAAAUUAUCAAUAAAAUAGUAUUGAAGGAAAGAAAAUUGGAUCUUUUUGUGA